CUCGCCGAAGUACCCGGAUGAGAGGCAGGAAGACCUGCGCAGAUGUGCAGCAGUACAAACCCGCAUCUAGUACCGACAGCUCAGAGCGCAGCUGUGCGUCUGCGGUGUAUUAACCCUCGAUUCGACUUGAAACCAUCUGCCUGGUCGAUCCCAGCAGCUGGGCAGAAGCAUCAUUGAGUGGCCUGUAGGGGUUCAAGUGGAUCUUCAUGCUCUGGGUCAGCUGUACCUCAUGGAUGACGGACAGUGGCAGAGCGACGGCCCAGUGAGGCGAGGAGGAGGAGUAUCCGACCCAGAUUUCCUAAACGACUCCGAGUCAAGCACCAGCCCGGACGAGAACCAGAACCGCUUGGUCGAGGAGGCAGAGGAAGUCGAACAAGGUCCCCAGGGAGGGCAGAGGAUCAUCCGACAUGACAAUAUAAAUAAUAACGCAGAUGAUGAAGAUUAUGAUGGUUCCAAGUUGGAUGAGGAGGAUAAUGAAGAUGAGGGGGUGGAUAGUCACAGUGGAGCGUAUUCUCCAGAGCUGGACGGACACAUCCGAGAUUCACCGACUCCCAGCCCUAGUCCCACAGUUUCAGAGAGUCUUGUCAGCCCUGUAGGGACACCACACAAUGAGGUUGCUUCACCUCAUGGCUUCAUUCGCUCCCUGGCUGUGUCGCUGGAGGGAGAUAACCCACUUCUGCCACAGUGUCUCCACCAGAUUGCCGAGUCAUUUAUCCGUGAGGAAGAUUACGAGAGAGCGGUCCGGUUCAUACAGUUAGAAAGACUUUAUCACGAACGCUUGCUGUCCAACCUUGCCGCCCUCCAAGAGCAGUGGGAGAGCCGAUUGAGUUUGAUCGGCAGAUGUCAGGACAGUAAAGAAAACAGAAGUGACCUGGAUGCUGAACACCUGGAGAGACUGCGACACAUCUGCAGGACACACAAGCAACCAGCACACAGCGCUGAGAAGUGUGAGUUGGUGUCCAAAGUUCAGAGGAACAGCGUGAUCAGAGAGGACCUGGCUGAAGAAGACAUCAACACUCAACAACUUUCAUGCAGCUCAGGAAAGGGUAUGGAAGAGCACAGUACAUUUGAUAUACUCGCCCAGCCUGACCAUAGUAGCAGCACUGCCCUACAACCUCAGCACAGUGAACAGCACCAUGACCCCUCCCCCUCAUUAGCCACGCCCCUCUCCUCCUCAGCAUUGACGGACAGCUCCUCCUCUUCUGCCUGUGAGGAGGCAAGCUUAGACGAGGACAGCAGAAGCGUGGCAGCUUCUCACGGGGAUGCAACACCACACCCCGAGAAUCUCCCGUCUGAGUCGCCUAUGGAUGACCCUCAGCCAGGGGACGUCAAGGCCCAGCAGCCCCAAACAGACACCGGUGGGCCUGAAGCGGUGACGGAGUGGACGGGAGACGCUGUGGACACGUGGCAGGACAUGAAGGAGACAGACACUCGCUCUAAGCUGGAUGGUGUAGGAGAGGAAGAGGUGGUGGUUGAAAAGGCAGAGGUUUUGAAGCAAGAGGAGACGGGAGAUGAUCAGGACGUUUCUGAGAAUGCUCCAGAGUUUGAUUUGGAGGAUGGACAUGGGGUGGAGACGCUGGACGUUAUAAGCGUGUCCACGCUGGACGACAUGGCUAAACGCAUACAGGUGGAAGAGAUCACACCAGCAGCAGGCCUCGUGUCUAUCUUAAAGAGGCAAGAAGGAGCCAACAGUUCUGCCCCCGCUGCUCCUAAACCCAAGGUCCGUAAGGUCCGUUUCCGAGAACCAGAUGAUGGCCUGGACCACGAUGAGGUAGGCGGAGACUCUUGGAUCCUCCUCCUCUUGUUGUGCUUGGCCACUGUGGUGAUCAGUGUGGGCGGGACCGCGCUCUACUGCACAUUUGGAGACGCCCAAUCCAGCGUGUGCACGGACUUUUCCCAUAAUGUGGACUUUUACAUCGGCCGGGUGCAGAGAGGGAUGGACGAGAUCAAACACUGGCUGUCUCCGAGCUCAUAGCAGGACAAGGAAAUGACAAAAUGAUGCUGUCUUCUCGUAUAAUCUCUUAAUAAUGAAGUGACACAUAUGUUAAGCUGCAACACUUACAGCACAACAAACUUCAUGCUGUGACUUAAAAAAGUUUCAUAUACAGGACUCGGCUGGGUCAUUCUGUCACAGAUACACCUUAAUGAACCUUAAGCCCGUCAUUCAGGUGUGAAAAAGAGGACGCCCGUCCUCCAGAAGACUUGGGGAAACCUCUUGGCCAGUUUUUGACUCCAGUAGCUCACUGUUUACUGCCAUCGACUGAACCUCAUACAAAGAGAUGUUGUUUUUAAAGUCUUAAUAUUUGGUAGACGGGAUUUUCUCUUUAUUUAAAUAAUAUUAGCACUACAGAAAAAUUAUGGACAUAACCAUCUGUAGCCUGGACGUAGCAUCCUCCUGCGGUCAACCUGGAUGGUCUUACAGAAAACGUUUUUAAAGGACAGAAAAAGCAAUACGUGUCUUAAUACAUAUAUUACAGUCAGCAAGAAUAUAUAAAAGGGGGAAGAAAGCUGGUUACAAUUUGGUAUUGGUAAAUCGACAGAAAACUUGUAAUAGAUUUAAGUUUUUUUUAUAAUUGAUUUAGUUGCUGGUACAGCUAAAAGUCAUAUUUACUUUUAAAUCUGAUACAGGCACAUGUUCAGAGAUGUUAUUUUGCGUGUGUCUUCUAUUACUUUGCUUAAUUUUAUUCACAGAAGCGAUAGAAAAUGUUAGUUUUUUUAGUUCAAGAAACCAUAAACUUAACUGAGUGCUGUUUGGGACUGAUUGAAAACAAGAAUUCGGACACUUAAACUUGCAAACCUCGAAUGGUGGACGCCUAUAGCGGCUAGCUUUAAAUGUACAUUGGUUGUACGCUCAUUAUCAUGGUGCAUUGUGGGGUUGAAUGGGUGCACUUGAUAAUGUCCACUAUGAUUUCGGACACCACUUAAAAUCGAUGUUCCCUCAAAUAGUGCACUAUUGAGGGCUAUUUCAGACACAGCCCAGGAUUGGUUAAUCGCUAUGUCUAACCAGUUCCCCAAAUAUAUGAUGCCUUGCUGACUGUAUCUACACUGUAAAAAAUGUUUGGUUAUUUAUUGUCAACCCAGCAUUGGGUCAAAAAGGGAACAAACCUAUGCUGUGUUGGUUUUACUAUUGGCUGUAAAAAAUAGGGAUGUAGUGUCCGUGACAUCACUCAUAGGUUUGUAAAGAGCUUUUUGAAGUCAAUAGCUGCCGUCUACAUUUUGGUCGCGCAUCACUCGCAGAUAACCGAAAAUGGGUAAAGACAGGGUUCCCACGGGUCCUUAAAAUCCUUGAAAUUUGUGAAUCUGGGGGAAAAAGUUUUUGAAAAUAUACAUACAUAGAUACAGGUCAUUGAUAGUGCUUGAAUCUAUUUUAUGCAAUAAGUUUUCUGGAAAAAUCCCUGUGUAGUGUAGGAUAAUAUCAUAAAAAUUCUAGACUUUUUAACCACACAUGCUAAACUGUUCGCUUUAAAUGCUUAUAUCUUCUGUAUGCGAAUGCUGAUUCAUACCAAAAGGCUUUUUUGCAUAUUUAAGUUUGACACAUGAAAACGUCUCGGGUUACGUAUGUAAUUGUUGUUCGCUGAGAAGGGAACGAGACGCUGCGUCUCCCUUGCCAUACUUCCUGCGUCCCUGUAACGCCGUCUUUGGCAAUAUUUCAGAUAUCUAUAUACUUCCUGGCUCCCGCGUCACCCGGUCUUUGUCGUUAAGCCUCACCAUUGGUUGAAUUUGAUAUACACAUUCAGACGCACUUACCCCUGGGUACCUCCGGGUUUUGGACCUGGAAAGUUCUUGAAAGGUCCUUGAAUUUGAAGUUAACUAAGGUGUGGGAACCCUGUAAAAAGGCAUGAUUUGGGUAAAUCUGAGGUGGCUGGUUGCUGAAAUCACGCCCUCCUAGCUUGACAGUAGCAGUGGCAGUUCACCUGUCACUCAAGUGGCCACGCCCCUAAUUAUGCAGAACUUUAAGGCUUAAUAUAAUUUAAACGGUUGUCAUGAAGGGCAAAAAUAGCUAUAUAGACAAAAACACUUUUUGUACCAGGCAAUAAACACAUUAUUUUCUGCUGUAAAGUUGGGCAUUUUAACAUGGAGGUCUAUGGCAGUGGUUCUCAAACUUUUUCAGCGUGCGCCCCCCCUUGUGUACGGCGCAUUACUUUGUGCCCCCCCAAAGAAAAUUUAUGACAAGAAACUGUUCUAAAACUCAACUUUUAAUUAAACAAAACAUAUUAAAUGAUACAAAGUAGAUCUGUUGGUUAGUAGUCUUAUUUUUUUAGGUUUAAUUGCACAGAAUUCAUGAUAAAUUAAUGUGUUUUAUAAAAUGUCAUAAAACUGCGGCCCCCCGGCACCAUCUCGCGGCCCCCAGUUUGAGAACCACUGGUCUAUGGGAAUUGUCUUAAUUUUGGCGCCAGCCUCUAGUGGCCACUUCACUAAGUCACUUCCGUAUUGGCUUCAUCAGAGAGAUCAGAAGGUUGCCCCUUGGUUUUAACCCAUUGAUGGGUCGGAUACAAAUUUGUUUUGGUUAAUUUAACCUAAUGGCUGGAUUUAUCCCUUUUUGACCCAAAUAACCCAGCAUUUUAGAGCUUAUAGAUGAAUGAGGAGUUCGGUACUACUGCAAGAUAAUUGUUGUGAUUUUACUAUUUUCUCAGGCAUGGUCUUAUCGAUGAUAUCAGUUAUUGUAAUGAUGGUGUUCAAAUACUUUGUUUUUAAGUUAUUAUAACAUCCUGUGUUAAAUUAACUUUUAUUUUAAGUCACAUUUAUUCUUAUUUUGUCAUGAAUGCACCGUGUUUGCUCUAUGCAGAACAUUUGUUACUCUGUCUGUGAAAUCCAGGCUAAAGUCUCAUAAUAUAACUGAGAUAAGAAGCAUCAAAGUUUGAUAUGAACUUACUCAGUCAAUAUUAAAGAUAUCAGUUUUAUACUGUAUUAUAACUAAAUUUUUUAUUAUGUUAAAAAACUGUAAAUCACAAAAAAGCGACUUCAGCUUGGUUUUCACAGACUUAUUUGUUGUUUCCUUUCGAAGCACAGACCUGCUCUUGUAUUGUCAACAUGUACAAGUAUGUGAAAUUUAAUGUGUAGAUUUUAACACGGUUGUCAAUUUGCUGUGCUCACGUUCACAAACGUACUUGCGAGAACUGUAAAAUGUUAUGUUAUGUUUUGUGUAUUUUUAUUUGUAUGUUGUCUGGCUGGUUCAGAUGACCAAUAAAUGUCUUAUUGUGUGAGUUUUCAGUAUUUAUUUAUUGCAGUUUUUUAGAAUCACAAUGUACGACUGCAUGCGCUCUCUCUCUCUCUCUCUCCUGUCUGUACAGAGACUAUUUGAAAUUUUGGAAACCUUAUACUUGUUUUUCAUAAUUUUGUGUAUAUUUUAUGUAAAGAAUGCUGUAUUUCCUUACUGUAUAGUUCAGAUCUGUUUAGUUACUGGCUUGGGAGAAAAAUUUUAAGGUGAAUGCAAUGAGAUGCCUUUGACCAAAAUACCUGGCAAAUAAAUCUUACUGUUGUGA